AAAGAAUCAAAAUAAAAGCGGGAAUAAGAUUAACUUAUUCGUAAAAUUCCGUCGGUCUUUGAGGAUCAGCUGGGAACUCUGCGAAAAAGAUGGGAGGAGGUGCGGCCAACUACACUAUUCCUGACUGGCGGAAGUACAAAGUGGAAAAUGCACCAGAAUUAGUGCAAGUACAGAGGGCCUUGGCCUCUCAUGGCUUGAAGGAUCCAUGGCUUCGAAAUGAAGUCUGGCGUUACGACACCACACAGUUUGGAUCCCAUGGACCCCGCUUAAGGCUGGCAUUCUUCAGAGGCUUCAAAUUGGGCCUGAUUGCAGCUGUUGCAACUGUUGCCAUUGAACGUUCCCUUGGUGGUGGACAUGGUCAUGGCCAUGGCGAUCACCACUGAUUUAGAAUAUUACAUCAAGGUAUCGCCAGUUGUAUAUAAAAAUUGUGUGCAUAACUCGGUGCAAGAAAUGUUGUCAUAUCUAUUGUUUCAUUUAAUUCAUGUGGUGAGCUGAAAACAUCACAGAGCUUUUAUGUUAAUUCUCUCCCUCUCCUGUGAACUGCGAGCUGCAUUGUAAGCUCUAGCACCAUCAAAAAAUUUAGAAUGUACAUUUUCAGUGAUAAUAAAUUCUUCUGUAA